GGGACUUAAUAGUGAGAAAACAUUAUUAAUGGACCUAAUUGUCAAUUUUUCAAACUUUAAAGGGGUUAAAAGGUUAUUGGAUAAGGCCGGCUGACUCAUUCCUUUUUAUCUUUUUCUUCUUUCCUUCUUUCUUCCCCCAGCAUUUUCGCGUGUCUGCUCUGUUUUCCUUUCUCCCUGCAGCCGAGCAUCACCAGCCAUAACCGAAGCCUCCACCUGAAAAGUGAAAUUUCUCCGGAUCUGCUGUCCUUCUGCCCCCUCUGCCGCCGGUGUUGCUGGAGUGAAUACCUAUCUUUCCUGUGGCCCCGUGAAAGUUCCCCCAUUUUCCCGCCGGCUCUUCCCCUCAAUCUGCAGCUCCACCUUUGCUUGUUGAGCAUUUCUGGUCCUUGAUCGCCCUGAGACCCUAGCUCUUGGAUUAAGCCUUUUGUCUGCGUGAUUAAGGUAAGUAAAUCGUGGUAAUGCCCUUAAAUUUUCGAAGCAUAUUUUAAUUGUUUUCUGAGAUGGUGGCGAGGUUUAAAUGGAUUUAUUCACAUUUGAGCAUGAUUGAAAAGGGAAAUUAAACUUUUAUCAUUUUCCUUAUUUCUAGAAUUAAGCAUACCCACAUGAGAUCCUUUUGAUUUAUUCUUGAAAGUGAGAACGAUUGUGAAUUUCGGUUUUGUUUGUAAAGUUUGCUUGGUUUUGUCUCCAAUAUGGUCGUGAUAAUCGUGUGCCCGCUAGUGGGAGGUUUAUAAACGCUAGCACAUGUCGACAUGUUAGUGAUAGAACCGGUUCGCUCAUGGCCCUACUAGUGGGGAUUAUACACUAGUAAUUUUUGUAGCCUGCCAGUGGGAGGUUUAUAACACUGGCCAUGACUAAUAGAGGAGACCACUACGUGAUUUUACCUUGCAUUUAUGGUUUGUUAUUGAAACGCUCUGUUUAUGUUUUAACCGAUUAUUUGGCAUGCUUUAAAUUUUGAUUUCGGGCACCCAUGUUUACUUACUGAGAUAUUUUAUCUCACGAUUUCCUUGUCCACCAUUUCAGGUAGUGAGACCCGACGCGUGGGAAGCCCGGGGGAGUGACGAGCUAGACGGCUAGGCACUUUUGGACUUAGGUUUUUGUAGCUAAGCCGUUAGUCACCCAUGCUUGACAUAGAAAAUUUUGUGUAUAGAAUUUAGUGCUAGUCAUGACUGUAUAUAUGAAAUGAUAAAUCUUGUACAUCUGA